AUGAAGAUCACAUCCGCCAUCAUCUCUGCCCUCAUUUCUGGCGCCCUCGCCGUGCCGCAGGCCGUCGUUGACUCAGACUCGGAUCUUCGUGAUUUGGAGGGCACAGCGGCGUCGGCGACAGAGGUUGGAAAUGUCGACAGCGUUGGUUUUCUAGACAAAAGAUACGUCGUUGUCAGCAAUGGGGGCGCUCAGGUAGGCGCUCUGGAGGCGCGAGGCGGCGCGAAGACACAGGGGGCUACAAACGGCGCGGCAAAACAGCGAGGGAAAAAAGCGACACAAGCAAGGUCUCAAGGAGCGACCAAGGCUCAGGGAAAGGCCAGGACGCAGGGAAAGGCCAGGACGCAGGGAAAGGCCAGGACGCAGGGAAAGGCCAGGACGCAGGGAAAGGCCAGGACGCAGGGAAAGGCCAGGACGCAGGGAAAGGCCAGGACGCAGGGAAAGGCCAGGACGCAGGGAAAGGCCAGGACGCAGGGACAGACCAAGGCCCAGGGAAAGACUCAGGGGAAAACACAAGGAAAAACCCAGGGACGGGGCAAUGCCAACAAAGCCACCAACAACAAGGCGGGGCAGACGAAAGAAGAGCAGCCACGAGUGACGAGCUCCUUUGAUGCUCCCGGAGUCGUCUAG